GGCUGCACUACUCACGAAAUGUGCAAAAUUAGAAUGAAUCUUCUGCAGAAUGUGGAAUAAUACGCCACCAUAUGUUUUGUCUUUUAUGCAUUCGGUGGAAUGUCGGUGGCAAGCGUCUUUAUAAACAAGGCAAUAUUUAAGGUGUACAAUUUUCGUUACCCCUUCACAUUGGUUUUGGGCCAGACCAUCUUUACGUUAGUGCUCUUGAUUGCCAUGCGAAAUCUUCGGCUCAUUCGCACUUCCAAGUUUCAGUUUUCUGUCUUCAAGCGGGUUUUCCUCCUCUCCUUUGCGUUUUUACUUAAGCUUCUUCUGGACAUGUCAGCUCUUUCGGUAGUCAAUAUUCCAAUGUACGGUGUGUUGAAGAGUUCGACAACGCCGUUUGUGUUGUUUCUCGACUACAUAAUGCGUGAUAAGCGCGCUGCGCCCCGCAUUCAGAUGGCUGUGUAUCUGACGGCGGGGGGGGGAUUGAUCGCAGGUAUUGGCGAUCUCACCUUUGAUUUUGCGGGUUACAUUCUGGCCCUCUCGUCAGCUAUGGCCACUGCAGCGUAUGUGGUCAUUGUAGGSAAGUUAGGAGAAGAACUUCAGCUUGAUUCUUUCACACUGCUGCUGUACAACAAUUGCUGGUCGCUACCRUUCUCUCUGCUGCUGGUUCUUGUCAACGGGGAAGCGAUGGCCCUUGCCCAAUUCCCUCAUCUCCGAGAGAGGCUCUUCAUUUUUUGCUUUUUGCUCUCCUGUGCCUCGGCGUUUGUCUUAAAUUUGGCAACAUACCUCUGCACGCUUGUCAACGACUCGUUAACCACAAGCAUCGUGGGGAGGACGAAAUCCAUCAUUCAGGGUGUCGGCGGUCUUUUUGCCUUUAAUGAUGUGUUGAUAAAUCCUACAAAUUUAUUUGGCUUGUUGAUAAACUCCACGGGCAUAGGCUGGUAUGCCUAUGAAAAGUACCUGGAAGGAAAGAGGAGGAUGAUGAGUCAGGCACAUAAGCACGGACUUCUGCAUGGAGCUGAAACACUCUCUCUUACGCGCGAUGGCUCACAGCUCGUACUAUCACCUAAGGCAAUAAUGAGCUCCCGGGAGCAUGGCUCCGCGAACAACGUGUGAGAUAUGAGACGGCGUUGUCGGCUCCUUUGUCUUCAUUGAUGCGGAAAGCCGCAGGAUCAGUACAUAUUGUCCGUCCAUUCGGCGCUCUUGCCAUCUUUUCGUCUUUUGCCCGUGGCAAGAUUUGCAUCAGAGCCGUCUGCCCACCGGGAUGGUGAGUUGUUGUUAAUUAGAACCUAUUGCAUGGACAAGCAUCGCUCACUGAUGUGUGCUCUGCUGUGGUCGUAGGGUGUAGAGGGCCUCCACGUCAGUCGUCAAUUGCCUGUCGUCAGGAUUGAAGAAUCCUGUCCGUACAUCUUCACAGCCCAUACUUCUUUUGCGUACGGCGGAAAAUACAUGUUUGGAGCCUGUUCUUCUUCUGUGUACGGGGGGACUGCGGACUGCCAGUUGUGACGGCGACUCGUGGAUCAGCUUGUUACAUGUUCGGAGUCUGUUCUUCCUUCGUGUACGGCGGGACUGCAAACUGCGAGUUGUGACACAGACACGUGGAUCGGCUCGUCGAUCGGCGAUUCGACAUCGGAAUUGAUGGGCAGGCGAAAAAUGGACGGGGUUGGUGAAUAGGAAUGGUUCAGUUGUUCCAUGUGCAAUGAAGUGCUUCUUCGUAU